AUGGGAUGCUGCAGUGUGACCCAGAGGCACACAGGGAUCGACGAGGUGGGCCCCGACGAGAUUGAACUCUUGGAGCUCUCCGGGGACAAUUCAGGGGUUUGGAGUUUUGGAGAAACUAGACUUCAGUUAUCAGCGCGACACGGGAGAGAUGAGCCUCCACAUCGCUGCUCCUCCGUCAGGCAUCAUGAACCAGAGGUGGUGCUGUGGGGCCGGAGCAGAGAUGAGUUGCACCACAGGAUCUUCUCCCAGCCUCCUAUCCAGGACUGGGAGGGCCAACCUGCACACAUGUAUGGAGAGAUCAUCUACUCCUCCCCAGUGUCUCUGUACAACAGCUACACACAGGAGACGAGUGACUACUUCCUAGUGUUGUUCUCCUUCCAUUUGUUGCUGCUAUCUCUGGACCACUCUCACCGUGACUUUAUCUAUGAGGGCAUUCUCCCUCUCUCUGGACUGUCCUUCCAAGCCACCUCACUGGACCCUGACCUGCCACAUUCACCACAUAUGUUUGAGAUCAGCGGUCCGAUGGUUGACCCCAAAAUCUUGAUUUGCGCGAGUGCCGCUGAAUUAAGGACGUGGAUGGAGCACCUCGGAGAAAGGAGAUACAAGUCCAUGACACAACCACUCAGCCCAUCCAACUGUGUUCUCCCUUAUCUAUUACCUUGUGAUGAGCCCUGGAAAAAAGAGGAGUUGAAAAAAUACCUACAACAAGCUCCAAUAUGGCAGUGGGAAGGGCCCCCCAUACAGCACAUGGGACAGCCAGGAUACAUAGCCACUGUCCAUAUUGUCAAAACACAAAGACAGGGACUCCAGGAGAGACUCCUGGCACUCUUCCCUCACGACCUGCUGCUGCUGUCAGUGGACAACAAGCGCCUGAAUAUAAGAUAUGAGGGCAGGCUGGCCAGAUACAGCGUCAAGGCCGUGGAGAAAUCAGCGCUGCCCGGUCGACUUGAGUUUGACCUGAUAGGGGACAUGAUGGAGCCCCUGCAGGUCUGCUGCACCUGUCUAGACGACUACCAGAACCUGAUCUUUCAACUACAACAGCCAGAGAAACCCAGCCAAGUGGCUGCAAGUCACGGCGCCCCACCAGUCCUGCCAAAGCGCCAGAGGAGCAGAAAGGAGUCCCAUGAGCCAUUUAUAACAGCUGACCAACACCACACCAACGGAUGGAGUUGAUUCAUCAGCAGACUGUGAAAGGGUGGAAAAUCUACCCCUCUUAUUUCAUCUUGAGUUAUAACCUGUAGAUAACAUGUAAAUAACACACUUAGUCCUACUUAAACCUCGAAGUGGAGAUCUACUGACAUCUAAGGCUGUAGUGUGGCUUGUUUGAUUUUUUUUUUUCGAUCCAAAGGUACGUAGUGGGUUUAGUUCUUCCUUAAGGGAUCCGGGCUACUUGCCCGUCCUCAUGUGUGAUGCUUCAGAUGCCACCAGCUCAUAUCAAGCCUGACCCCCAGCUAAAGAAAUAUGGUCCAGUGUUGUAAGAACUGACUUCAUCACAAUUACCUGAAGUAAAGA